AUGUUGAUGGUGGUGGUAGCUGGGGAAUGGGUAGGGGCGAUGGUGGUGAUGGUUACAGUGGUGGUGGUGGUGGUGGUGGUGGUGGUGGUGGUGGUGGUGGUGGUGGUGGUGGUGGUGGUGGUGGUGGUGGUGGUGGUAACAGCAGGGGCAGCAGUGGUGGUGAUGGGGAGGGUGCAGCAACAGCAACAGCAGCAACAGCAGCAACAGCAACAACAGCAACAGAAACAGCAGCAACAGCAGCAGCAGCAACAGCAGCAGCAGCAGCAGCAACAGCAGCAACAGAAGCAGCAGUAACAGCAGCAACAGCAGCAGCAGCAACAGCUACAC